GGGGGGGUCGCGGUUCCCUUGUCCCCCGCCUCGGCGCCUCUCCGCCCACCGCCCCUCCCUGGCAUUGGUUGGCGCCAGAGGAAGCCGAGGCUCCAUCCUUUCUGCGCAGGUUCCCGCCGCACUCGCGCAGACCAAGCGCGUCCAGCUGGGACGUUGGUGUGGCCCCGGCGUCCGCUCCGCAGCGGAUGUGGCGGCCCCGAGCCAUGGCUCUCGCCGUGCGAGUCGUUUAUUGUGGCGCUUGAGGCUACAAGUCCAAGUAUCUUCAGCUCAAGAAGAAGUUAGAAGAUGAGUUCCCCGGCCGCCUGGACAUCCGUGGCGAGGGAACUCCCCAGGCCACCGGAUUCUUUGAAGUAACGGUAGCUGGAAAGCUGAUUCACUCUAAGAAGAAAGGCGAUGGCUAUGUGGACACAGAAAGCAAGUUUCUGAAGCUGGUGGCCGCCAUCAAAGCCGCUUUGGCUCAGGGCUAAUGCGCCCUGAAGGCAGAGUCCAGCGACCUUGGCCCAGCCCCUCUCAGCAGACGCUUCAUGAUAGGAAGGACUGAAAAGUCUUGUGGACGCCUGGUCUUUCCCUGAUGUUCUUGUGGCUGCUGUUGGGGGCAGAGAUUGACGCCGCUGGUCUUUGCCUCUGUGUGGGAGUCUGUGUGUAUGUCUUCCCCGGAAUCCACACCACCCCACCGUCCUCCUGUCCCCUGGUUUCAUCAUAUCUCUUUGCAUACCCCAUGUCUUCCCCAGUUGUCCCCUGGAGUUUGGGGGACGUCCUGCCUCAGGCAUCCUUCUCAAGGGGAAGCCAAGAGAGGCAUCAGGAUGGGUGAGUUUCUGAUUGCGGCGACGUUUGCAACCAUUCACGAUCCAAUAAAUAUUGGAGGAAUUUAACCGAA